GGUGACUUCAUUUCAAAUGCAUAUUACUCUUUAAAUUAACUUACUGAAUAUUUGAACAUCAAAAUUAAACAUGAUAGAUCGUAACAAAAAAAUACAAUGUCCAUUACUACUACGAAUACGACGACGACGACUACGGUUGCGAAUACUACGACUAAUACGGCUACGACUACUACUACUACUACUACUACGGCAGCAACUAGGACUACCACUACAAUAGUUUCUAUUUUCGUUCAUUAUGUAAACUUAAGAAUAAUGCAAAUAAUAGCAAACAAUAAAGAGAUAAAGAUUCAAAGAAAAAACAUCGUUCUAUUAGAUGAAGAAGAUUUUCUCUCUCUCGUUCUUACUCUUUUAAAAUAUUCAUCUUUUAUGUGUUUUGUACUUUGACUAAAUGAAUGAAAAAACUUCUUUAUCUAUAUCUAUUCUCUUUUCUUUUUUCUUUCUUUUUAUUGAUUUUUUCUUCUUUACUUAAAUUUGCCUUCAACUUUUAUUCAUGAAAUAGUUUUCAUAUCAAUUGAAUAAAU